AUGGCUGCCAAGUACCAAGCGAGGUCCAUAAGCUUGCCUUCUAGAUUGCAUCCCUGUGCUGUGAAGGUUGAGGAGGAGUUGAGGAAGGUGAAGACAUGGGUGUCUUCUUCUUCUUCUUCUUCUUCUGUUUGGGGUGCUCUUUUGGGAUUACAGGAUUUGUAUGACUCCAUUGAUGAGCUUCUCAAAAUGGGUUCCACUCAGCAGGUUUUGUCUUGUCCCCAAAACAAACAGUUGGUGGACGAGUUGUUGGAUGAUUCUAUGAAGCUUUUGGAUGUCUGCAGCUUAGCAAAGGACAUAGCAUUAGAAACCCAAACGCAUGUUGGGGCUCUUCACUCUGCCUUUCGCCGGAGGAAAGGCGAUUCCGCCAUGAAAACCACCACUGCUGCUUACAUUUCCUAUAGAAAAAAGAUGAAGAAAGAAGGUAAAAACUUGAUAACAUCAAUGAAGAAGAUGAAUGAGAAAUUCAACUCAUCCCCAAUGCAAAAUCCAGAUAAUCACCUGAGCUCUGUGGUUGAAGCGCUGAGACAAGUUUGCUCAACCAACAGCUCUAUUUUCGAAUCCGUGUUGUUGUACUUAACGCCAUUGACGAAGCCAAAAGCUCGAGGAUGGUCUUUGGUUACUAAGUGGGUGCACAAGGGGGCGAUUGCCUGCGAGUCAAACAGUGCCAUGAACGAAUUUGAGAACGUGGAUGUGGCUUUGAGCUCUGUUGUUGAAGAAAUGGAGGUUGAGAAGUUGCAGGUUGCUCAGAGAAGAUUGGAGAGUUUGGAAAUGGCGGCACAAGAAAUUGAGAGUGGGUUGGAUGGUGUGUUCAGGAGAUUGAUCAAAAUAAGAGCCUCUCUGUUGAACAUAAUAUCUCAAUAG